CCGGGUCGCCGGGAACCGUGCGUGCUGUACGGGCCGGACCCGCCGCCUCCGGAGCUGGGACGCCGGCCGUGGGAACCAGCGUCUCCGUUUUCGCGGUCCUCGUCCUCCAAGCGCUGGUCCGGGUUGAGGAGGAAGUCAUCACUACUACUGUGUGGUUUUGUUUACGUUCUGAGGAGGGUAUGAGAAGGAGCCAUGGAUCCUGCGGCAUUGGUGGAAGCUGUUGUGGAAGAAGUGGACUGUCCCAUCUGCAUGACCUUUCUCAGGGAGCCUGUGAGCAUUGACUGUGGCCACAGCUUCUGCCAGAGCUGUCUCUCUGGACUCUGGAAGGUGCCAGGGGAGUCUCAGAACUGGAGUUACACAUGUCCACUCUGCCGGGCACCUGUUGAGCCAAGUAACCAGCGGCCUAAUUGGCAACUGGCCAAUGUGGUAGAAAAAGUCCGGCUACUAGGACUGCGUCCAGAAAUGGGGCUGAAGGGCGACGUGUGUGAGGUCCAUGGGCAACAGCUAAAGGUGUUCUGCAGAGAGGAUGGCCUGAUCAUGUGCCAGGCCUGCAGCCAUUCCCCCAAGCAUGACGCCCACAGUGUCGUGCCCAUGGAAGAUGUUGCCUGGGAGUAUAAGUGGAAACUCCAUGAGGCUCUGGAACAUCUGAGGAAAGAGCAAGAAGAUGCCUGGAAGCUGGAAGUUGGUGAGAAGAAACGAACUGCCAACUGGAAGAUGCAGGUGGAAACCCGGAAGCAGAGUGUCAUGUGGGAGUUUGAGAAGUAUCGGAGAUUACUAGAGAACAAGCAGCCCCCAGGUCGGCAGCUAGAGGCAGAGGCAUCCGCAGCUUUGGCCAGCCUGGAGCAGGAGGAAAGGGAGACCAUGCAGAAGCUGCAACUAAGUCAUGAGAAGCUGACCGAGCAGAGCCAGGUCCUGUGGAGGAUGAUUGAGGAGCUGAAAGAGAGGUCCCAGUGGCCUGUCCGCUGGAUGCUGAAGGAUAUUCAUGAAGUCUUAAAUAGGAGCAAGUCGUGGAGCCUGCAGCGGCCAGAGCCAGUCUCCCUGGAGCUGAAGACAGAUUGCCGUGUGUUGGGACUAAAAAAGAUUCUGCGGUCAUAUGCAGCUGAUGUGCGCCUGGAUCCAGACACUGCUUAUUCCCACCUCAUCGUGUCAGAGGACAGAAAAUGCGUGCACUAUGGAGACACCAAGCAGAACCUGCCAGACAACCCUGAGCGGUUCUACCGCUACAAUAUCGUCCUGGGCAGUCAGUGCAUCUCCUCAGGCCGGCACUACUGGGAGGUGGAGGUGGGAGACAGGUCUGAAUGGGGCCUGGGAGUGUGUAAGGAGAAUGUGGAUCGGAAGGAGGAGGUCUACUUAUCCCCACACUGUGGAUUCUGGGUGAUAAGGCUGAGGAAGGGAAAUGAGUACCGGGCAGGCACCAAUGAGUACCCGCUCCUGUCCCUGUCAGUGCCUCCCUGCCGGGUGGGAGUCUUCCUGGAUUACGAAGCCCAUGAGAUCUCCUUCUACAAUGUGACAGACAAUGACUCCCACAUUUUCACAUUCCCCCACGACCCCUUCCCCGGGCGCCUCCUGCCCUAUUUUAGCCCUUGCUAUAGCAUUGACACUAACAACACCGUGCCUCUGGCCAUCUGCACCCUGGAUGGGGAGGACUAGGAGAGCCACCCUCCCAGCAAGAGGCCUUAGAGUUGCUCCUGCCCGUAGGGGACUUGGUGGACCUGCCACUGACAAGCGUCCCCUUGAACUGAGCUGAGCAAGAACCCAGGGGUAGCUUUGUCUGACCCAGUGGUCUGGUGCUACUGGGCCAAAUUCUCUCACUAAGCCUCAGACACAGUCAAAUGAGCACCACGCCUUGGUGAGGGAAAGAUGACAGGGCUGAUGGUAAGGGUCAGAGCAGUUCUAAGGAUCAGGAUGCUGACCUCUCUGUAGUUCACACCCCAUUUCCCCCCUCCCUGCCGUUGUCAGAAUUAAGUCAGUGAGGAUGAGGAUGUGGGUCCAUCCUCCAGGGAACCCUUUGGGUGGGGUUAGCCAACAAGCCAAACAGUCCAUUUCCAGAGUGGUGGCUAUGCUGGUACCAGUUGGUACCAGAAGCACCUGAGGUUUGCUGCUACUGAGCAAACUGCUUUGACUCCAGCUCCCUGACCUCUACUGAGCAAACUGCUUUGACUCCAGCUCCCUGACCUCUUGACUAGAGAAAUGCAUUGCAGCAAAGGGUAUGGGGCUUGCCCAGACCACCCCAGUGGCCAUGCUCUCGCUAGCCAUGAGCUGGGCAAGUUACUCAAAUCACUUGGUCUCAAACUCUAUAAAAAGUCGGAUCCCAGCCCUGCCCUUUUCUCUUACAUGACAAAAUCAGAAAACCCCUGAGCCGUAUUUUUGUUUUCGCUUUAUGGAUGAAGAAACUGAAAUGGCCUCAAUGCAGAAGUUAUUCCUCACAGAGCUAUUAAAAGAAGAUUGUAAAGAUUAUAAUGUGUUUCUCAUGCUGAAAUGAAACAGGAUUGACAAACUCGCUUCUCAGGUCGCAUGUCUGUAUGUAUCACUCAUUACUCAAGGGUCCGGAUCAGCCCCCAUGUUUGGAAGGUGCUCAGUGUCUUCAGUGGGAAAUGUGCAUAGUCAGUGUGUGCUCUCCUGACUCCCAGGAUCGAUGUGAAUAUCUUAGAUCUAUCUCAUACUUUUGCUCCUGUCUCAAGAGCCGAGGAAGGCAAGCCAUGGGUUUGCAUGUAGGGACCUUCCUCUCUCACCUUUGGACAGCCAGCAUCUUCCAUCUUUACAGCAGUGCCUUCACUCCCUAGAGUCUCUCUGCAAGCCACCUAGGGCCCUUUAGACAGAAAUGCACCCAUGCCAGUGGCGAACUCCAGCCCAUAGGAAUAUAUUCUGUCUGUUGUCUUUGAAUUGGGAUGGGGACGGGACCUCAGGGUAGAGAAUAAAGAUAGUAAAAAGAAAAAAUAAAACAAAUGACAGCAAGGACGCCUCUCCCACAAGCUGGCUGAGCUAAAGUUUGGAUCUUUUCAUGUCACCAAGAAAGUCUGUGGUUCUGGUAGCUGAAAUAGUCUCCCUGCUUCUGUCUCCUCUAAAUCUGUGAUAUAAAGAGGAAUGGGGGAGGGGAGUCUGAGAAGAAAUAUGACUGUGCUCAAAAUGCAUACUAUUCAUCUGGGCCAUUGAUCUUAGACUGAUUGUUAUGUGUGGCAAAAACAGUUCACCCCAGGUCUUGUGAUUGUGGCUGGAAACUAACAAACUGCAAGGCAAGCUCAUGAGAAUUACUGGCGUUGCUUAUUGCAAGGGACUACAAUAGUACAACAUGCCAUUGUCACCGUGAUGCUGUGUAACACAAUCUUCCAUAUGGUUUAAACUUGAAGGGAGUGAUUUGGGGUUUAGGAUUGGCAGCAGAGUAGAUACUAGCCUUGUAUUUUAGCAGUUCCAAAUGGCUGUAAUAAAGAAUAGCAAAAAUAGUCCCUACCUUAAUUGUAUUGGCUAGUCAGUCCCCUGUGAAGGAAGUGAAACAAGCCAAAUUAAAAAAAAAAACUCAUUCUACCCACAUGCUUCUAAGUUGAUCCUUUAGUAUUGACAGUAGAUGGGGAGAAGUCUCCGUCCAUCUGCCAUUUGGAUGGGAAUGAACUGCUCACCCACAAAUCUGGUCUUGGCAGAGGUAGAGCUGACUUGUAUUAGUGGGACAUAAAUCUUUGCAUAGGGAUGUGAAAAGUAGGUCCUUAGGGAGCUCUUCCAGUUAUGUUCAUGGACACUUAGCAGAAGAAGCUACUGGUCCAGUCGGUAGUAUUCUUUUACUAUGGUUUUAUUAGGACACAUCUUGGAAGGUUUCUAGAAAAGGUACAUUAUUUGGUGAUAAAUUCUUUGAAAUCAAGAUGAGUUAAGGGGCAGGAUGACCUUGUUUAUAAUGUGCUAUUGUUCUUUUUGUUGUUUUUGAUAUAAGCUAAUUUACAUGUUAUCAUUACUUGUUAGAAUGAUUACAAGGUUAAAUGAUGCUUCAUUGUUUAUUUCCAAUUGUCUGAUUUUUUAAGAGCAGGCAAGAAAAUUGGAGUUCAUAGAUAUGAAAACCCUUUUCUCGAGGGUAGUUGUUUAUACUUCCCUUGUAAGAACCCCAUGAAGACAGAGAUCUGGGUCACCAGAUCUAGUGAGUCUAGUGACAGGAGUCACUAGAUCUAGUGAGUCUAGUGAUGUGUUGAUAAAUAUUUAAGUGAGGGAAUUUUCUUUCAUAUGUCUAGAAUCAAAACAGAAAUUAACUCUUCUGCCUCAUAGAUGUUUGAAAUACUGAAUGCCGCUUAGUUAUAAUCUUGUUCAAAACUAAUUUAAGGAAUAAUUACAAAAGUAGGCCAGAAGAGGAAGAAGCAGGCAGGUAGAGAACACAGUGCCAGCACCUUCCCUGGACUGCUUCGGAUGGCCAGCACCUUGGUGUGAUCAUUCACUACAAGGUAGGGAUGAGUUUUGCCCCUGCCUGUUUUACUCUCAGAGAAAUCAAGGGACGCAGAGCCUGAGCAGUGAAGAAAAAGGCUGCUAAAAGGUUGAAGGGAAGAGACAGGGCAAAUCCUUGGGUUUAUAACUCCCCACAGGAGAUCCAGUAGCACUUCUUUUGGAGCAAGAUUGGUUGUAAUGUCUUAAUAUUCAAGCAUCGCAUCUACUGUGGGUCCCAGGCACUAGUUAACUGAGUACGCACUGCUUCAUGUGAUAGAACAGGGGUCAGAUCUGAAUAUAUUUGGAGAAGUCCAGGAUUGUAUGUUUUGGGGUAGCCAUGGGAGGGAGCCAGUCUACUUUAGAAAUAUGUAAUGCAAUAAAUAUUUGAGUACCAACAGUGGGUCCCAGGUAGUUUCAGGGAAUACCAGUGAUGGUAGAAUACAGAGCCAGCAGGUCAGGCUUCCAGCGGAAAUGCUGGGGAACAAUUUCUGUUUAGGGCACAGGUUGGACCAUACCUUUGUCACCUUACCUCAGUUUCUUUAGUGCAUAUCAUAGUCGACUCUUGGGGUUGCUUAUGGAGAAAGAAUUAUAUGACUUUGCAAAAUGAAAUCUUAUCAAAAAUGCUUAACUGCUUCCUGAUCUUAAUUUGUUUUUAGGUUAGGGGUUGCACAGGGAGAAGAGUUCUUUACUAUACUUUGGGAAUUCAGUGCGUCAUUAUCAGAUUUUUAGAGGCUAAAUCCUAAUACAGGUAUAAAAGGAUAGAGUACAUUCUGGUAGGUAAACAAGCCCAGUGUUAGCACAAGGUAUGAAUGCUAGUUGUUGAAUAACAAGUCUACAAUUAUCACAAGUACUGAUCAGAACUGCAGUUUCAAUAGUGCCUAAAACUACCUUUAAAAUUACAGAAUUUGAAAUUUAUUGCCUAUACUUUUAAACUAUAUCAGUGUUACAUUGUAUGCUUUAUAUUUGUUGUUUUCAGUACUCUAUGAAUUAGCAUUGUUUCCCCCAACUAGGAGGAGAUACUAGAACUCAGAAAACUUAUUAUCAACACUUAGGAAAUUAUCUUUAAUUAAGAUUUCCAAGUGUACCAGAAUUAAAUAUAUGUAUCUUAUAUAUAAAAUCUUUUAACAUACACUGAUUAUUCCAUUUAAGACUUUCUGAAAGGGGAAAAUAAAAACAAAAGCCAAGUAAGUAUCUGGAGUAGUGACAUUUCAGCUUCAUUAUUGAUAUUAUUUUCCAUUAAUGUAUCCAAAAGAAGAAAGACGUGUGUUGUAUCUGAUCCCUUUUGGGUCUUAGAGUUAAGCAAGAUUAGAAAGCAGAGACAAAAUGCCCAAAACCAAACUCACAUCCCGAUAGCUUCUGCUCAGAAACAGAAGAGUGGUAAUUAUACACACUGAUUUCAACUGCUUACCAAUAGGGAAUAUAGGAAAAGAAGAGGAAUCUUAUGGAACUUAAUAAUAGGGAUAUACCUGGGUGUCCAAAAUAAACUAACCAGAGACUCAGUUUAUUCAUCUCAUUUUGUUAAUUUGCCUCCCUUGAAGAGGAACAGGUUCUUCCCAAAUUCAUGUGUUGGAAAAAGGCCUCCAUCAGUGGUCCCAAGUUCUCUCCUCAGAUAAACUCAAAUCCACUUUGACUGGAGAAGGACUCUGGUGCAAGUCUGCACACAAGAGCCAAAUUUAAUGGACUCAUCAUUGGACCACAAGGCAGGGUCAUAUGUUAACAGUUGCUUCCAUAUAACCUGAGAAAAUCAUCUAGGUGUACAGUGGUCAAACAGUUGAUUUCUUCUGAAACUAGUAGGACACUAAAUUAGAAAUAAUAGGUAAUAAGAUAAGAAAAGAAAAACCCUAAAUAUAUCUUCUCUGCCCAAACUUAUCUCUGAUUCAGAUACUAGUUGAUUAAACCAUUAAAAGUAUUGUCAGGAAAUUAGUUAUUUCUUUCAUGUUCUUGUUAAAAAUUGAAAAAUGAUGCAAGGAUAUCCUUUACACAGGAUAUCCUGUGGCACCAGGUGAACCAAACCACCUCCACAGAUCUCUGAGGCGUCUUCGAUGUUGGAUGGAAUGCUCAAGGUCUGACCAGACUUUGGGUUCAUGAACCAAGGUUGGGGUGGCCAAAGAGGCAGCUCAUCAGCAAACUCAGUGUUUGCUGCCUUAUUUGUUUGGUCCUCAGGCCAUAAAUGAUGGGGUUUAAGGUGGGUGGGAUGACCAGGUACAAGUCCGCUAACAGCACUUGUGUGUGUAAAGGCACUGUGCCCUUCCCUAUCCAGGCCACGUAGAUGGACGCCAUCCCAGGCAGGUAGUACAGAGCCAUAACACCCAUGUGGGAGCCACAUGUGCUUAAUGCUUUCAACUGAGCGUUCUUUGAAGAGAGACCAAAUACUGCCCGGAGAAUCAGGUUAUAGGACGCAGCAAUGAAGACCACAUCACAGCCCACAAUAAUAGAAGAACCAAUCAUACUGUAGAGACUACUGGGCAUGGGGUUGGCACAUGCCAACUUGGCCACAGCUAUGUGCUCACAGUAAGAAUGGAGAACCACUUUGGAGUCACAGAAAGGUAGGUGACUCACCAUCCAACUGAGAGGAGUCAUGAAUAUGACAGCUCUGAUGGUGAUGGCCACACACAUUCCCAGCAUCACUUGAGGGGUGAGAAUCCUCUUGUAGUGUAGGGGCUUACAGAUGGCUACAUAGCGGUCAAAAGCCAUGGCCAGCAGCAGCCCUGUCUCCACAGCUGUGGCUGCAUGGACAAAAUACAUCUGAAUGAAACAGCCAUUAAAGCUGAUGGAGUUGUCUCCUGAGAAGAAGAUGACCACCAUUUUGGGCACCACCGAGGAAGCCAUAACUAUGUCCACGGCAGCUAGAACACACAGAAAGCAGUACAUGGGCUCUCGUAGAGUAGAAUCCAUGCAUAUUACUGUCAUGAUGAGGGUAUUUCCCAACAGGACUAUAGUAUACAUGGCAGUCAGCAUAAUAGCCAGCCAAAGAUGGGAAGACUGCAGACCUGGGAUACCCACAAGGAAGAAAUUGUCAGGGGGUUCCAUUGUGUGGUUGUCAGCUGGCCCCACCAUCACAUAGGAAACAGCUUUCCUGUUAAUAAAUAAAAUGAGAAAAGAUUAUAAUCCUA